UUGUUCUGAGGAAGCGUUUUGUGGUUCUGUUUUGCCGUGGCAGGAGCUUCGCUUCUUCCACAAAUGGCGAGUGUGGCAAUCACGGCUGCUGCUUCAAGGGCCUUCUUCUGCAGAAACAGGAAGCCCUUGUUCUUCCUCUCUAUAAGCCCUAAUUUCACAUUUGUACGCUGCAGCAACAACCACAUCUUUUCUUCGCUGAAAACCCCAAGAAACGAUUCUUCUUUAUCUUUAUCUAUCAGAUGCAUUCAACCCGCUCAAGAAACGUUGGAAACAACGAGAAACGAAGAUGUUUCCUCUGUUUGCGGACGCAAUGUUGUUGACAUUCUUGAAGAAAGAGGUCUCCUUGAGUCGAUCACCAGCGAGAAUCUUAGGUCAGCUUGUUCCAAACCGAAGGUCAGUCCUUUGAAGGUUUACUGUGGUUUUGACCCUACUGCUGAAAGCUUACACUUGGGAAACUUGCUUGGUAUUAUUGUACUAUCUUGGUUUCAGAGAUGCGGCCACAAAACUGUUGCUUUGAUCGGUGGUGCAACAGGUAGGAUUGGAGACCCAUCUGGGAAAAGCUUAGAAAGACCAGAAUUAGAUAUUGAAACAUUAGAGAAUAACACGGUAGGGAUUAUGAAUACAGUUACUAGGAUUUUAGGUAGAAAGACUUCGAUUUCAACAAUGGGUAGUGAGAAAAACCUGACCUCUGAUAUGGGUUUAUGCGAUUCUUUUGUAAUUAUGAAUAAUUUUGACUGGUGGAAGGACAUCAGCUUAUUGGAUUUUCUGCGAAAUGUUGGCCGGUUUGCAAGGGUGGGUGCGAUGAUGGCCAAGGAGAGUGUGAAGAAGAGGUUAGAAUCUGAACAAGGAAUGAGCUACACUGAGUUCACAUACCAGUUGUUGCAGGGUUAUGACUUUUUAUAUUUGUUUAAGAACGAGGGGGUUAAUGUUCAAAUAGGGGGGAGUGAUCAGUGGGGAAACAUAACUGCUGGGACUGAACUGAUUCGGAAGAUUCUUCGGUUAGAAGGAGCAUAUGGUUUGACAUUUCCUCUUCUGUUGAAGAGUGAUGGAACCAAAUUUGGCAAGUCUGAAGAUGGUGCUAUCUGGUUGUCUCCCUUGACGUUGUCGCCUUAUAAGUUCUAUCAGUACUUCUUCUCAGUUCCUGAUGUGGAUGUGGUGAGGUUUCUCAAGAUUCUUACUUUCCUGAGUAUGGAGGAGAUCAGGGAAUUGGAAGAGCAGAUGAAGACAUCUGGAUAUGUACCCAAUUCGGUUCAGAGGAGACUCGCGGAAGAAGUAACUCGUUUUGUCCAUGGCGAAGAAGGACUGGUGGAGGCCUUGAAGGCUACUGAAGCAUUGAGGCCUGGAGCUGAGACAAAGUUGGAUUGGAAAACCAUUGAAGGUAUUGCUGGGGAUGUUCCUUCAUGUUCUUUGGCCUAUGACCAAGUCUUGAAUGCUUCUCUGGUUGAUCUCUCUGUUUCCACUAGUUUGCUUGAGAGUAAGUCAGCUGCCCGCCGCCUUCUUAAGCAAGGUGGGCUUUACUUGAACAACAACAGAGUUGAUGAUGAGGGAAAGAAGAUCGAGGCUGUUGAUAUUGUUGAUGGGAAGGUGCUUCUUUUGUCUGCUGGGAAGAAGAACAAGAUGAUUAUAAGGAUACCUUGAUUUCCUAUAUUAGCACGUUUUUCUAUAAAAAUGAUGUCUGGACUAUCUUAUGUUUCUCAA